UUUACUGAUGCACACGUAGGUUGGUACAAUACUGAUGAUUACGUUAUCUGAUAUGUCUGUUAUUAUCUGCCAUCGCUAGUCAAGGACGGAUGACUGGAGAGUAGCGAGUUCAUUUUUAUUCACGGCCGAGCUUUAUAUACUUAUUUAAAUAUUCUGCAUCGAACAAGUGCGGAAUCUUAUUUUCAACAAUCAGGAACGCACGACUUCCACGCGAAAACGACUUCUAAGAGCAAGGAGAGAGGUGGGAUAAAAUUCCCUUCGCGUGGAAAACAUUACAUAAUCAAGGAAAAUAAGCUUUGCAUUUAGCAUGGAGGUACACGCCCGUGCUCCAGAUCCUUUAACAAUAGAUGGCGACAUGGCCAGCAACUGGCAAAGCUGGAAAGAAGAUUUUAUUAUAUUCAUGAAUUUAACUGGGUAUAUUGAUAAACCUAAUGAGAUCCGCGCAAAUCUUUUAAAAAAUCGGAUUGGAAAAGUUGGUAUUGAUGCAAUACAAAAUUUUUCUUUUGACAAUGUGGAAGAUAAAGAUAAUAUGGAUAUAUUGAUUGAAAAGCUUGAAAACUACUUUAAUCCACCAAAAAAAGAGGUGGUUGAACGAUACAAUUUUUUUACAAGAGCAAAGAAGCAACAUGAGUCUAUUGAACAAUAUAUAAAUAUUUUAAAAGAAAAAGCUAAAAAUUGCAACUUUAACGAUAUGCUAGACGGCAUGAUACGAGACAAAAUUAUUCUUGAAACUCAUGACAAAAUAUUGCGUAAAAAAUUUUUUGAAGCAGACAAUUUAGAUUUGCCGAAGUUGGUAGCAAUUUACCACGACUACAACAUUAAUACGGAAAAAAUGAAACAAGUUACUAAAGAAACGAGGGCAGACUCAAGUGUUGCACCAAAACCAUCAGAUAAUGUUGUAAAGAAAGUCUGUUGGAGAUGUGAUGAGCAGCAUCCACUUGGAAAGUGUCCUGCUUGGGGAUCGAAGUGCACAAAGUGUGGUGAUAUAAAUCACUUUACCCAAUGCUGCAAGGGUUUUAAAUUUAAAAUGAAUAAGAUGAAUAAAAAUUUACUGGAUCCAACAACGCAACAGAUAAAAUUAAACCCAAAGAAUAAUGACAAAUGGAAUAAUCAAGUAGAUUCCGAAGUUAAAACUAAGGAUUCGAUUAAUAAAACGAUUUUUCCUGAUGUUCCGACAACAAAUUUAAAUUACGUUAAUACAACGAAUUAUUCAACACAUUUGCCCAAAAGUACACAGUACAGUUAUUCAUAUACGAAUUUAACUCAACCAGGUGGGACAAUUUUCGAUUUACGUAAUAGAGGUGCAAAUGUUCAACCUAAACAGACGAAAACACCAAGUGCAGGUACUUCACAAGAAAGGUACAAAUCCAAUUCUUUUUUUGAAACACCGGUUAACGCGCGAAUUCCAAACAAAAAGUUCCAAAAGAAAAAACCAGACGAUUCUUGUAUAUUAUCCUAAAUCUUUCAUAUACACACAUAUACAUAUAUUGCAUAUUAUAUCUUUCAUAUAUUUUAUGAAUAUCUUGUAGAAUUAGUUAGCAAAAAUUUUAAUUUGUAAGGGGAUCCUGAAGCCGUUCUGUUUUAGCAUUUCAUUUCGCAAAUAAUUUUCGAACUGGUCUUACGGAUUGCAAUUUUUUUACAGAAUUAAAAUACAAAAAGAUUGCAAUUUUUUUACAGAAUUAAAAAGAUAUAAAAAGAUAUAGUAAAGAUAAUUUCAUUAGAGAUGAGUUUCUGCAACACCUGGAUCCAGACGGAAUUAAAAUCACGUUAUCCUUUUCUUAAUUAGUUGUUAAGGAACCUUUUCUGACUUUACUGCUCUUUUAUCGAUAUAUUUUUAGUUUGGAAUUAAAUUUGUUUACUCAUGGUUUUAUUUUGCCAUGGUUUUAUUAACAAUGAUCAAGUUCGGUCUUUGUUUCAGGAUUCUUUUAAAUUAGUUUUCAUUUUAUGAUAGUUUUCUUUUUAAGAUUAAAAAAGAUUUAUAAUAAGAAAUUUUCAUAUAUGCACAUAUAAAAAAUUAACGCUUUCAAUAUACACUAUGAAUUCAAGAUAAUCAAUAAAAAUACUAAAAAAGCUUUUCUCAUAUACUAAUUGCAUUUAUGAAAUAUAAAAUAUGAGAAAAUGCAAAUACAUGAGAACAAGAAUAUUGUCAACGAAAGCUCUUAAAGCUCGAUUAGUUUUAAAAAAAUCAUACGACGAUAAAAAUUUAUAUAAAAUUUUCUAUGAUGUAAACCUACAAAUAACAUUUUUACCAUGCAGACAUGUAUUAGCACGUGAAAAAUGUGCAAAAAAUAUAAUACAAUGUAGCAUAUAUCGUAAAUUUGUUAAAACUAC